GCAAAGAUUAAAGAGCGAUGGAAAUGAUCUCUGUUCCUAUUUUAUAGGAAAUGCAUAUAUCAAAUAUCAAAAUAUCUCAUUAUUAUUGAAUCAUUAUUUGUAUCUUUUUUUCUCUUUUGACAGGGUUUGGGGCUUUUGCUAAAACUGCACAUUUUUACAGCAUGCAUUAUAUUGCAUUUUACGUUUGUUUUAGUGCGACAAGUGUCUAUUACGAACAAGCUUUUGCCGGGGGUCGCGCGAUAUAUGAGCGUGUAGGCCGUAAAAAAUGUUUUCCUGAAAAAAGAUAAUAAUAAAUAAAUAGAUAAUAAAUAGAUAAUAACUUUUUUCACAGUGCCCUGAGAGCUUUCUCUGGAAAAGAGGCAAUCUCCCGCCUUGUGCUCAUAACAUGACUUUAAUAACUCUUACAUCUUCUUUGUUGACUGUGGCCUGACUAGUUUCUUCGAGAUAAGAGGCAAUUGGAUGCCUUGUGCUCAUAACAUGACUUUAAUAACUCUUAAAUCUUCAUUGUUGACUGUGGCCUGACAAGUUUUUUCGAGAUAAGAGGCAAUUGGAUGCCUUGUGCUCAUGACUUUAAUAACGCUUACAUCUUGAACUUUGUUGACUGUGGCCUGACUAGUUUCUUCGAGAUAAGAGACGAUUGGAUGCCUUGCACUCAUACGAUAUCUUUAAUAACUCUUGCAUCUUCUUCUUUGUUGACUGUGGCCUGGCUAGUUUCUCUGCGAGAUAACAAUCCAAGGCCUUGAAUAAAGGAAGACGCUCCUACAUUCAGCUUUUUCGAAGACCUUUUACACGCUCCAGAUGCAUUAUAGCAGAAACCCUAGUUCAUAUGCAGAAACAGUAAACCAGUAUUCUUAGUAAUUACAAUAAAUGGUUGAAUUAAUUUGUCAGUAGUCGCAGGUGCAGUGUUUUAUCAUGUUUUGUCACAGAAUCAUGACGGAUCUUGUGCAAACAAGAACUACGUUUGGGACCUUGACGUCAGUAAUGUUGGGAAAUAUUUUAAGGGUUUCAGGGAAAAUAACAGCGUUUAUGGAUUGUAACAUUUCACGUUAGCUGGUACAGGCAUCUUGUCGCCUUCCCGCUGGUGGGACAAAUACUUUGAAAGAGACAGCUGGUUAUGUAUUUGUAUUAGAUGUGUGAGAAAAGGAAAUCGGCAGAGGUUUAGGCAAAUCAACGCAGGAUGGAAUGUUACUUCUAUCCUACAUAAAGGGAACAACGGCUUUGGUUAAUCAUUAGAAUUGUCUUUCUGGCAAAGCAAAUGUGAUUCGUGGAGUGUUGGUGGUAACUUCUUUUUUUUUCUGAUAAGUGUUAACAAAACUUGCUCGUCAGAAGGAAAAUGAAAGUCGAAAAUUUUUCGUGUUAUCAUUUCACAGACUGGGAUAAACAUGGACAAAUCGCCUUCCCAGAAUUCAUUGCCGUCGCGGUGAUCAACACACUUACCCUCCCCCUGACGGUCCUGCUGAACAUUUUAGUGAUCAUAUCAAUAUGGCGGACGCCAACUCUCCACACACCCGCCAUGCUGCUACUCUCAAACCUCGCCCUCUCUGACUUGGCCGUCGGGUUGAUAGGUCAGCCAGCGUUUUUAGCUUCUACUGCUUUAGAGCUUUACGUAAAUAAACGGCCCAACGCGUUUUGCUACUGUGCAGCCUUCUCUAUGAUUAUGAUCUCUGCUUUCGGUGGGGUGUCUUUUACCUGUCUGACCGCCAUGGCAUUGGACAGGUUUCUUGCGCUACUCCUACACCUGAGAUAUCCCGUUUUAAUCACUGUGAAGAGGGUUAUUGGUGUCUGUGUCUGCCUGUGGGUCUUAUCUCUGUGUGCAACUAGUUUCUCGUACGUGCUUGGCGUCGAAGUGCACAGCAUAACGGCGGCUUCCGCCAUCACUGUCUGCAAUGUCGUGGCAAUCAUCAGCUAUGCGCACAUCUACAGGAUCCUCAGAAGACAUCAAACGCAGAUCCAGGCAACAGUUAUGACUCUUGAGAAUAACAUGGCACGGAUUCAACAGUACAAGAAAUCCGUCAUGGGCUCUUUGUGUAUAUAUCUCGUCUUUAUCUUAUGUUGGGCGCCUGCCCUUUUCGCAUUCGCGUAUUUCGAGGUCACUAAAGAUUACCAUCUUUCCCCUUCAAUAGUGAGAGUAGGCGUGUCUGUUGCCAUGGCGAACUCGGCUUUGAAUCCAAUCAUCUACUGUUGGAAACAUCUCCAGCUUCGUAACGCCUUCUGGCAUACUGUGACGUCACUACGUGAAUGGGCGGGGCAUUAAGCGAUGAACAAGUUCCGGUCUACUGAUGGGGCGACCAGGGGCGGAUCCAGGAUUUCAAAAUGGGGGGUGGAUAAUGGCCGGAUAGGCGGCCUGUAACUGAUCCGGUCGUUCUUGGUAGGUCACAUAGCUCUAACAAUACUUCAAGCUGAAUUGAAUUUGUCGCAAAGUCAAGCAGGCGAUGGCACAUGGACGAUUACCUUCUCCGUAGUUCCGACAAAAAAAGUGACUUUUCAAUUUUAUUUUGCUCAAAAAGGGGGUGGAUAUCCACCCGAUCCACCUCCCUGUAUCCGGCUUCCGUACAAUGCAGGCCCCAAGCGAGGCCCUGGUAACUUAAUCGUGAGACAGGCAUAAGAUGCAAGGCAGCUGUGAACAGACUCCGGCGUACUAAGGCCUCAAUGGAAAGCAGAUGAUGUCGACAGUGCUGAAUAGCGUAUGCGCAUGCGUGUGCUCUGGCGAAAACAAACAAAAUCUUAGUGUUGAAUCGUUCGAGUAAAGGUACAAAAGGCUGACUUCAGUCGUUGUUUUGUCGUUGUUUUUGAUUCGCCAAAAUGUGACAGUUCGCCGGUAAAAAGCCGCCAUUUCAAAACAAAAAGACUAGUUUAACCGCGCAGUACUGGAACUAGUCUUGCGUUUUUCAGCACUGCUGAUGGCGUCACAUCGGCAAGUGUUUUCUAAUGAGCUGCAUUAUUAGCGAAUUGCGUUACGUAACGAAUUACCUUGACUGGCGUUACCUGGUGAGUCGCGUUACCUCGCGUUAUCUGGAGACUUGCGUUACCUGAUAAGUUGCGUUACCUUGACUUGCCUAACCUGAUAAACUGCGUUACCUGAUAAACUGCGAUACCUGAUGAGUUGCGUUACCUGAGUUGCGUUACCUUGAUUUGCGUUACCUGAUAAGUUGCGUUACCUUGACUCACGUUACCUGAUUAACUUCGUUAUCCUGAUGAGUUGCGUUACCUGAUGAGUUGCGUUACCUGAUGAGUUGCGUUACCUGAUGACUUGCGUAUCAUCCUCUGCAAGUGCUUGAUGGCGACGUCGACUGCAAGGAAAAAGAUGGAGUAUGUUGUCCUAUAAGUCACAAAGUUGCUGCAAACGAGUUUUUUUUAUAAAAAAAAAAGCGCGCUAGAACCGUGAUCUUUUAAAUACUUGACUGAACAGUAGAUUAUUGAUCUAAUUGCAUAGUUGUACUAAUUGUAGUUGUGCGAAAAUCAAUGCACCGUACUUAUAUUGUUAAGGUUGUGGAGAGAAGUAGUCUACUUUUCGCACGAGCAAAACAAAACCACCGCUAGCAAAAUCCACCGCCCGAAGUAUUCGAAAACGAUAAAACAAUUAAAGCCAGGAAUAGUGAUUCAGACAAGAGAAAAAAAUAUUUGCGGGGUUUAUUAAGGACGAGUAUUUUAUUCCAAGUGCAGUGCCUAAUGAAGAAAAUAGGGUAUUUAUCACAUCUCACCUUCAGCGGCCUGCAAUAGUUUAACAAGUUCGGGUUUACCGCCACAGCGAUCAGCAAGGUCAGCGGCCGUCUCUUGAGUACUCGUCAAAGCGAACACGUCAGCGCCCAUCUGUGACAGGAAGGGAUUGCGUUACAUCAGAGUGACAUAAGUGAGAAGGGAUUGCGUUACAAUGCAGUGUGAAAAAGUGAGAAGAGAUUGCGUUACAAUGUAGUGUGGAAAGGUAAGAAGGGGUUGCGUUAAAAUACAGAGUAACACGACUGAGAAGGGAUUGCGUUACACAAUGCCAUGUGACAUAAGUGAAAAGGGAUUGCGUUAUAAUGUGGUGCAUGAGUGUGAAGGGAUUGCGUUACAAUGCUGGGUGACAUGUGUGAUAGCUAAGGUACAACUAAAAGUGCACGACACCGUGACACAACAUGUUGCGUGACGCUGUUAAUAGCUCUAUUGUGUGAAAGCAUUACCUGGAUGAGUUGUUCGGCACAUUCCACGUGUUCGUCCGUAGCACCUUUCCUAAGAAAAAAGAACAAAAUACUGUUUGUUUAUAAAAGCUGAUUCGAAUGGUGAUCCAUUCUCGUGGACUUAAACAUUGUUGCCAGUUGUCAAAACGGGCGCAAUGCAUCACGAGAAGAACCUUAUAACGUGACCUUACCAAGCUAAAGCAUGUAGGGGGGUCCAACCAGCCUGCAAAGUUAUUCAAAUCACUAAUAAGUCAGGGCCGUACUAUAUCUGGGGGUAGGGCAGGUGGGGCCACGUACAUCCACUCAUUUUGUUUAUUUAUCACCCCCCCCCCCCUAUAUUCGAGGCCCAUUUCAGCUGUGUAAGUAACCAGCAUUUGAAGAUCAUGUAACCAGAUUAGCGUAUCAGGUAUAACUAAUGUGACAUACAUGUAGGUCAGUAUUUUUAAUUGGCCAUUUGAAAGAAAAUUGGCAUUAGUAAGUUUCGACUUACUUGACCUUCUAGUCUAGUGAGGAAGAAGUUUUCUGCCUUAAGAUACACUCAAACAAUAACACAAACGUCUCCAAGACUUACAUCAUUAACAACAGUGACACUGGCGCCUCGUUCCUAGAGAUUAAAAGAGUGGUUGCGAAAUCAAAAUAAAAUAAUCUCAAAUAAACAGCAAUUUUAUGUGUUGGGCGUGAUGCGCAAACCACCCAGGAACACACAUGAGAAGUAUGCCAAUAAUGAAAGUGGAUGAAAUGCUUUGGCACAUUAGAAUAAUACAGUAGGUGUGAAUAUCCUCUGAUAUCAAUUAGGGGGGAGAAAAGAUAUGCACAGUUACAAUAUUUGUAAAGCAAGUAAGACUCACCAUGAGCAGGGCUACACAAGGGAGGUGUCCACCUUCUGCUGCGUAGAAUAAAGGCGUGUUCCUACUGGCAUCUGAGGACAAAGCAUUAAUAAAUGAGCUGGAUUUGUCUCUUAAAACAAUGUCUUUUCAAAUUUUGGAGCUUGAGCUAUUUUAUGCGUAUGAUUGACAUUAAAAAAAUGGGUUUGUAUGUAUCAUGAGACUCAUGCACAUGGUAUGACUAGAAAGACUACUGUAGAGAAAAAAAGGUGGUCUACUGUACAUAGGGGUGGUGGAAUCAGGGAAAUAAAUCAACACAAGGUUGAAAUUGCAUGUUAAAAAAGCUGAGCUGACAUCACAAACAUUAGCCCUUUGUUGGAGUCAAAGAAAAGGAAGAGAAGGAGGGGGAGGGGAGGCUACCUUUAGUAUUGACAUCUGCCUUGGCAUUCAACAGUGUAAUCAUGGCAUAAUGAUCACCUAUAAGAAAAAUCACAAAAUUAUAAACUAAGUAUUGAACUUGUUCCAGGAACAAUAUCAUUUUUCAUUUUUAUCAAACGGACUCAAUGUAAAAAUUUCCAGCUUACUAUGAAUUUAAUUGAACUGAAAUCACAUUUACUUCAUGCAUGCUUUUUUCCUUAGGUCUAAUAAAAUCAACAAAACAUCAAUGCAUAACUUUAUGUACCUUUCUUAGCAGAUUCAAAAAGGGCCUCUUUUCUCUGCUCUGGUG